AUGGGCACCAGCAGCUCUACGCGGCCACGGUGGCCGCUGCCAUCGCUGGUACUGCUGCUACUGCUCCUGAGCCCCGCGAACGCCCAUGCCCAGGAGGACGAGGACGGCGACUAUGAGGAGCUGGUACUCGCCUUUCCCUCGGAGGAGGACGGCCCAGCCGAAUCGGCCCCGCACAUGGCCACUGCCACCUUCCACCGUUGCGCCAAGGAUGCCUGGAGGUUGCCGGGCACCUAUGUGGUGGUGCUGGGGGAGGAAAGCCACCGAUGGCAGACGGAGCGUGUGGCCCGACAUCUGCAGGCCCAGGCCGCCCGCCGGGGCUACCUCACUAAGGUCCUGCAUCUCUUCCACGACCUCUUUCCUGGCUUCCUGGUGAAGAUGAGCAGUGACCUGCUGGACCUGGCCCUGAGGUUGCCCCAUGUUGAAUACAUCGAGGAAGAUUCCUCUGUGUUUGCCCAGAGCAUCCCGUGGAACCUGGAGCGGAUCAUCCCUGCACACUACCAGGCCACGGAACAAAAAGCCCCCCAUGGAGGUGGCCUGGUGGAGGUUUAUCUCUUGGACACCAGCAUCCAGAGCAGCCACCGGGAAAUCGAGGGCAGGGUCACUGUCACCGACUUUGAGAAUGUACCUGAGGAGGAUGGGACACGCUUCCACAGACAGGCUAGCAAGUGCGACAGCCACGGCACUCACCUGGCAGGGGUGGUCAGCGGCCGGGAUGCUGGUGUGGCCAAGGGCGCCAACCUGCGCAGCCUGCGCGUGCUCAACUGCCAGGGGAGGGGCACUGUCAGCAGCACCCUCAUAGGCCUGGAGUUUAUUCGGAAAAGCCAGCUGGCCCAGCCCGUGGGACCGCUGGUGGUGCUGCUGCCCCUAGUGGGUGGCUACAGCCGGGUCCUCAAUGCUGCCUGCCGGCACCUGGCAAGGACUGGAGCGGUGCUGGUGGCGGCUGCGGGCAACUUCCGGGACGACGCCUGCCUUUACUCCCCAGCCUCAGCUCCAGAGGUCAUCACAGUUGGGGCCACCAAUGCCCAGGACCAGCCAAUGACCCUGGGGACCUUGGGGACCAACUUUGGCCGCUGCGUGGACCUCUUUGCCCCGGGAGAGGACAUUAUUGGUGCCUCCAGUGACUGUAGCACUUGCUUUGUGUCACAGAGUGGGACAUCACAGGCUGCUGCCCAUGUGGCUGGCAUUGUGGCCAUGAUGCUGACAGCUGAGCCCGAGCUGACCCUGGCCAAGCUGAGGCAGAGACUGAUCCGCUUCUCUGCUAAAGAUGUCAUCAACAAGGCCUGGUUCCCUGAGGACCAGCGGGUACUGACUCCUAACCUGGUGGCUGCACUGCCCCCCAGCACCCAUUCAGCAGGAGGACAGCUGUACUGCAGGACGGUGUGGUCGGCACACUCAGGGCCCACGCGGACAGCCACAGCCGUGGCCCACUGUGCCCCAGGCGAGGAGCUGCUGGGCUGCUCCAGUUUCUCCAGCAGCGGGAAGCGGCGGGGCGAGCACAUCGAGACCCGAGGGAGCCGGCAUGUCUGUCUGGCCCUUAACUCUUUUGGAGGUGAGGGUGUCUACGCCGUUGCCAGGUGCUGCCUGCUACCCCAGUCCAACUGCAGUGUCCACACAGCUCCUCCAGCCAGGGCGGAUAAGGAGACCCGUGUCCACUGCCACCAAGAGGGCCAAGUCCUCACAGGCUGCAGCUCUCACUGGGAGAUAUCAGAUAUUGGCACCCACAGACGACCUGGGCAGAGGCCUGGAGGGCAGUCUGACCAGUGUGUGGGCCACAAGGAGGCCAGCGUCCAUGCUUCUUGCUGCCGUGCCCCAGGCCUGGAGUGCAAAGUCAAGGAUCAUGGAGUCCCGGGCCCUGCAGAGCAGGUCACUGUGGCCUGUGAAGAGGGCUGGACCCUGACUGGCUGCAAUGCCCUCCCCGGGGCCUCCCCCAUCCUGGGAGCCUAUGCCGUGGACAACACGUGUGUGGUGAGGAGCUUCGACAUGGACACUGCAGGCAGGACCAGUGAGGAGGCCACAAUAGCUACUGCCAUCUGCUGUCGGAGCCAGCCCCCAGGCCAGGCCUCCCGGGAGCUACAGUGAAAGCCCAGGCCAGCAUGGAUGCCUGGGUGGGGGCCAGGGACUGGGUGCUAAGUGGAUGAAACAGCUCUACCAGCCUGGCCCUGCUGGCACUGGCCAGGGGUGGGGUGCUCCUUGCCUGGGAGAACUCAGCAUCUCUCCCUGGACCCUCCUCCCCAUGGAGAUGCAGGGAAGUCCCUCCU